AUGGAAAACAAAGAGCAAAUUUCAGAGAAUCCCUUAAUUAUCCAGGAAACAAAUAAUUCUAGCGCUUCAGAGAAUAUUAAUAUAGCAAGUACAACAGGAUCUAGCAAUCGUUCCCCUAGACUCUCACCUACUGUAUCAACAGAGUUCGAUGAACAUAUAAGAAGGCGAGCGCGCUCUUCUUCGAGAAAUGACGUCACGCCUGAGCGUUCUAGAAUAGUGCAUCGUAGUCACACAGUAACACACCCCGCUUCUAGGGAACAACCUACUUCAAAUUCGCCUUGGAUAGAAGAGCUAGAUCGCGGAACUAUGACUGAAAAUGAACCUAAAAAAAUGCAGUCUUUUCUUAACAGAAGAAGAACCAUCAUGUCAGGAAAUGAUGCUGUUGAAAUGUCGAGUAUGCAUCGUGAAAGUUUUGCUACAGAGUCAGAAUUUAAUCCUUACACGGAAAAUGACGUUGAUGAUUAUGAGAAUAUCGAUGAUAGUGAUACUGCUCAGUUGACUGCUAUUAGUUCAGAACGACCGAAAGAAAAAGCUGUAUCUUUAAUAGAACCUCGUAAUAAUCCCGAAUAUAUAGAUGAUCGGAUAGGCUCACUUAGACACACACGAAGUCUCGGAAGAAUGAGUCAGAUGCUUGCACGUGCUUCUUCGCGUGUCGUCAAUUUACAUAAUAUUCCACAAGAAGUAUUACAAAGGAGUGACAUAGACCUAGACUCUGUUAAACAUCCAAUAAGAUCGUCCAAUAAGAGUAAUGAACAUAAUUCAUCAACUUGGAGUAGUGAACUUUUAUGGAACCAUAAUCUGGCUGCUCGUAGGUCUAAAGAAACUUUUGAAGGAAAACAAAGCGUGAUAAUUGUUCCACGGGUCGAGUCUCCAUUAGUUGGACGAUCUUUAUAUAUAUUUGGACCAACAAAUCCAUUAAGAGUAAUGCUGUACCGGAUUUUAAAUCAUCCUUGGGCUGAAUCAAUCAUUUUGCUCUUAAUUGUUCUUAACGUCAUUCUUUUGGUCGCUCAAGCAUGGGUACCAGUGGAUUACGGCGGUAGAGAAACUGGAUGGGGAACUUCAUGGACUGAUUAUGGCUUAUUGGUCAUUUUUGUAAUAUAUACAUUUGAAAUCACAGCUCGAAUUAUAGUAUCUGGCUUCAUUAUAAAUCCAAAAUCCAAGAAUUCAUUAGAAGCUACGCAUGAAAUAAAUAAUCCAUUCAAAGGUGUUCAAGAGCUGCCUUCUUAUCUCUUGUCACAUGUUGUUAAGUCAAAACAAUCACUGUCAACUGCACCAGACACGUCGGUACAUGAUCUAAACCGAAAACGGAAUGUCACCCAAAAUACACAAUCCAAUUUUCAACGUUCAAUGACCGCAAGCGCCUUUCUUCGGCACACUUUCAAUCGAAUUGAUCUAUUGGCUGUUGUCAGUUUUUGGAUUGAUUUCGGAUUGAGUUUCUCUGGUGUACAGCAUUUUUAUCUAUUUAAGGCUUUGGGCGCUUUUCGAAGCUUGAGAUUAUUAUCAUUGACAAGUGGAAGUUCGACAAUAUUACAAUCGUUGAAGAAGAGCUUACCAUUACUUGUUAAUGUCGCGUUUUUUGUCCUCUUUUUCUUUAAUUUAUUUAGUAUUAUUGCUGUUCAAUCUUUCAAAGGGUCUUUUAUGCGACACUGCAUGUGGAUAGAUCCUAAUCAACCGACAAACAAUUAUAGUUUGUCUUCUUUUUGUGGUGGAUAUAUCGACAAUAAAACGUUAGAUGCCGUGCCAUAUUUAGAUGCUGAUCUCAAUCCCGUUGGUACACGCGCUAAAGGAUAUUUAUGCCCUCGAGGACAAAUUUGUCUGGAAUCUGGAAAUCCGCAUAAUGGAACUGUCAAUUUUGAUAAUGUAUUCUCUUCCAUGAUUCUUGUCUUUGUUAUCUCUUCCGUGCAAAGUUGGUCCGAUUUAAUGUAUGACACAAUGGAUUCGGAUUUCUACCAAGCUUGUAUAUUCUUUAUUGUCGAGGCCUUGGUUCUGAAUUUCUGGUUAAUUAAUCUUUUCGUCGCCGUGAUCACUGAAAUGUUUGCCAAGAUUCGAGAGGAUAGUUCACAUUCGGCCUUUACAUUAUCAAAAACCACACCUGUAUUAUUGGACGACGCGGAAGGUUGGACCCUUCAAGAAGGAAACAAAAUGGUCAAAAUUAAUUGGUUAACGCGUUUUAUGAACGAGACAAAAUAUUUGUGGAUAAUCGCGAUAAUUAUUGAUCUGAUUAUUAUGGCGUUUCGAACUUCUACCUUGGAUGAUGCUGGCUUGGCUGUUUUGAGUCGUGCUGAAUUAGUAUUCACAAUACUAUUUGCCAUUGAAAUCAUUUUGCGUUUUGGUGCCUCGUUACCCGACUAUCGCCAUUUCUUUCACUACAAAAAAAAUGUGACGGAUUUUGUUUUGGUGGUUAUCACUUGUCUGAUUCAGAUACCAGAAAUUAAGCAUUCCAGUGCUUACCCUUAUUUGACUGUAUUUCAAAUUAUGCGUGUAUAUCGAGUCAUUAUUGCUUGGACGCGUCUGAGAAAUCUUCUUAUGCGUGUUUUGGGUAGUGCUUUUGGUCUGGCUAAUUUAGUUUUCUUUAUCCUCUUGGUCAAUUUUAUUUCGGCUGUCAUAGGUGUCCAAUUAAUACGUGGUGAUAUACCGAGCGUUGAUGAGAAUGGCAACCAAAUAGAAAUGCGAUUCAGUGAUAUAUAUAAUAGUUUUGUUGCAUUAUACCAGGUCUUUUCUGGCGAAAAUUGGACCACUGUCUUAUACGAUAUCAUGUCAUAUGAAAGUGCUUGGCAUUCCUCGAUUAUAGGCGCGUUAUUCUUGCUAACAUGGUUCAGCUUAUCCAAUUUUGUGCUUCUUAAUAUGUUCAUUGCCAUCCUAGAAGAAAAUUUUGAAACUGCCGAAGAAGAAAAACGUAAACAUCAACUGAAAGCAUUUAUUCAAAAAGCUGAUCCAAAAGAGAAACAAGAAGAUAUCAUAGAUACGUGGAAUAUUUACAGAUUCUUCAAAGCAAAACCGAAAGCUUUGGCUGUUGAAAAUAUUCCUUCUAAUUUGAUUCUAUCAACUCAAAAGAGUCGCGUUAAAGAAUUUUUGAAUGAUUAUAAUAUGGAGAGCAAGAGAAAUUCCAAACUUCAUCGGCGUCGCACUGAAAAUGGAUUUAUGAGGCGAUUACAGCAGUUUUUACGACAUGGCGAUGAAGACGAUGAGGAAUAUAUCGCUCUUACCGAUCGUAGACGUAGCUCAGAAAUGGAUAAUUCUCAAGGACCUAUGGGAACAAACGACUUGAAAAACGACACAAUGAAUAUGAAUAAUGAUCGAGUUGUGGAAAUUGAGCUUGAUGAACUUCAAGAACGUCGAGCCAUAAAAGCCGAUUUUAUAGCGGCACAUCCUAAUUAUGAUGAAUCACUAUGGUUUCUAUCGCCUCGAAAUCGUAUCCGACAUUAUUGUCAGUUACUUGUGCCGCCAAGCUAUGGGGAACGACUAUUUGGUACUGCACCAUCUCCGACACUUAGCUUAUUAUUUAGCAUUAUAAUUUUCCUUUGUAUCGUGGCAAGCUUCAUUGUUGCGGCAAUCACUAAUCCGGCUUAUCAAAAAAGAUAUUUUGAACAAACUGGAACAGAAAAACGCAUCACUUGGUUCUGGAUUGUUGAUACGGUUUUCACAGGCAUAUUCACCAUCGAAUUUUUGGUCAAAAUUAUCGCGGACGGUUUCCUUCUCACGCCAAAUGCAUAUCUUCUAAAUAUUUGGAAUGUGUUAGAUUUUUUUGUCUUGGGUUCUUUUUAUAUCAAUCUCUUUGCGACACUUUUCCAUGCUACCAAUAUAUCACGAUCUGUGCGCGUUUUUAAAGCCUUGCGUGCAUUGAGAUUAAUUAAUUUGUCAAGUUCAAUUAAGGAGACAUUUUAUGCUAUACUGAUUGCCGGUUUUCCUCGAAUUCUCGAUGCUUCUCUAUUGUCUAUUAGUUUAAUUAUUCCGUUUGCCAUUUACGGACAAAAUGUUUUUUCGGGGUUAUUGUAUUCGUGUAAUGACUCCGCUCCUUCAAUUGUAAGCAAAGAUAAUUGCACUGGCGAAUUUCAGAGCUCACCAUAUCUUUGGACGGUUUUGGCUCCGAGAGUCUGGAAUAAUCCUUACGUAUGGAGUUUUGACAAUUUCAGAUCCGCUCUGCUUAUACUUUUUGAGAUUCUAUCAGGAGAAGGAUGGAUCGACGUGAUGACUUCUGUCAUGGCAAUCACUGGUCGCGACAAAUCUCCGUCACAAGACGCUUCAAAAUGGAAUGCUCUUUUUUUUAUGAUCUUUAAUAUGGCAGGCGCAGUUUUCGUGUUGACUCUUUUCAUUAAUGUUAUUAUCGAAAAUUAUAAAAGGCGAUCAGGAUCUGCUUUUUUGACCGCGGAUCAAAAACGUUGGAUUGAUCUCAAAAAAUUACUAAAGCAAACUCGACCAUCCAAACGCCCUAAAGUUAGACCUCAGAAUCGUAUUAGAGCUUUUUGUUAUGAUCGUGCUAUUGAAAAGAAGGGUUGGCUAUCGAGAUUUAUGACGGUAAUUUACAUAUUGCAUAUCUUGAAUCUUAUGACCGAAUUCCAGAAUUCACCGCCAUGGUUAGAUACUGUUAGAGAGGACGCAUUUUUGGUAUUUAUUGCCAUCUACAUUAUUGAUAUCUGCAUCAAGCUUGCAGGAUUCGGAUGGAAGGUCUUUCGCGAAAAUAGAUGGAAUUUAUUUGAUGUAUUUGUGGUUUCGGGUGCUGCGCUCACCACUAUCCCGAUGAAUAUUAAUGUUGCCCAAGGUGCAGUGAUUCAACUACAGAAAUUAUUUUUGGUGGCUAUUGCGCUUAAAUUAAUACAAAAAAGUGAUAGUCUUAAUCAACUCUUUAAGACGAUGGCUGCGAGUUUACCAUCCAUUUUUGAUUUGUUCGCUGUAUGGUUCGUGGUCUUCUGUGUGUACUCGAUUAUGUUUAUGGAGAUCUUUGGAUUGACAAAAUACGGCAUUCAAGCCACGCGUUAUGUAAACUUCCGCGAUUUUUCAAAUGCAUUUCUUACGUUAAUAAGAAUGUCGACGGGUGAAGGAUGGAACACGAUCAUGCAUGACUAUACGGUAGAAGCACCAUAUUGCGUCGAUUCACAUGAUUUUCUUAAUUCCGACUGUGGCAGUCGAGCCUGGGCAUAUGUUCUAUUCAUAACAUGGAACGUGCUAUCAAUGUACAUAUUCUCCUCUAUGUUUAUCGUGGUGGUAAUUGACAAUUUCUCAUAUUGUUAUCAAAUUGCUGCUGAGUUCUCUUUGAAAGCUUGGGCUGCCAUUGAUGUCGAUAGAACGGGGUACAUCAAAAGUAAAGACUUUGCAAAAUUUUUUGGGAAAUUAUCUGGUUCUUUCGAAGUUAAAAUCUAUGAAGAUAAUUUCCAAAUAUCGAAUCUUUUGAAGAAUUCGUUGAAAAAUGAAGAUGGAUCAGACGCGGGAAUGAUUAGUAGCAGCAAACGAUAUUGGGAUGGAGACACGUCGAGUCACAAAAUUGAUAUUAUUCGACUUCAAAAAAAUUUGUCAGAACUUAAUUUACCUAAAAUACAUGAGCGUCGUCGUAUUUAUAAUUGUUUGUAUCAGGAAGCACUCAUAACUGUGGAAAAAGACAGCAAGGGCAAUGAAAAAGGAAUUUCAUUUGCAAAUAUGUUGAUAAUGCUUGCGCAUUAUAAGCUAAUAGAUGAUGACAAGUCCUUAAGAAUCGAUGAGCUUUUAAAACGUAAAGAGAAGAUGGAAAAAGUCAUCGACCAUGUAAACAAAGAUCGUGUCAAGUCAUUGCUGAGAACUAUUUAUUGGCGUCGCAAAUUCAAGGCACAAAAAGAAAUGUUGAACGCUGCUGCACGUGCUAGUGCUGGAACUGUUCCUCGUAUUACUGUUAAUGAUGAUUCCAACGAUCCACAACCAUUAAGAAUCGCAACAAACACAGCAUAUUUAAGCCUGUCAACGCAACAUGGUGCAAAUCAGCGAAAUUCUCCUAUUUCUCCGCCUUCACCAAGAACACCCAACUCGGCCAGCACUGAUCUCUUGGACUAUUAUAAUCAUAGCGAACGUAAUUCAGCAGAUUAUGCUGGUAGAACGUAUGAAGAGGACGUUGGAGGAGAAUUGUUAUCGAGUGGAUGGAGAUCUAUUGAUGCAAACAAUGAAAUGGACGACCAAACAGCUGAUUUGGUCUUGGACACUUUACAGAGUAAUAUUUGGCAUGAUGUUCUACAAGAAGUCACUGAAGAAAAUUCACGAUCAAAUCAAGAAUAA